AUGGCUACAACUACGACUACAAAUACAAAUACAACAUUUCAUUAUAUAUUUAAAGUGAAAUAUAUUAGACAUUUGAUAUUCAAUCAUGUUAAUGGUAUAUCAAAACAAUUGUUGGUUGGGACAGAUAAAAGUAAUAGAGAUGAUGGUAGACACCGAUCGCUAAAGGGAAGAGAUAUCAUCAAAAUACCUCUACUUGGAAUGAUAUCAAUCUAUGCAAUGCCUUGGAACUUUGUUUGUCAUUAUCUACAUAUAUCAGAUCUGAAUACUAUUAAUCUUCGUGAUCAAAUAGUAAUAACAAAAAGAAAAAGAAUCAUCAAUCAAUAUUGUCAUCAUCGUAAUGCAACAAUGGAUACUCUAAAACAUCUAUUGGAAUGGUCAGAUGACGUUGAAUUUGAUUGGCAAUACUUGAUCGGAAAGAGAAGUGGUAUAAUCAAUCAAGAGAUAUUAGAGUAUCUAGUCAAUAAAUGUCCUGCUGCUGGAGAGAAUGCGUUUCUAUCUGGUGCAAUGGAGGUGGCAUGUACCAAUGGCUAUCUCUCUACUGUCAAGUUGAUACACUCUACUAAAACUGUACGACUCAACAAACAAAUAAUGGACACAGCUUGUAAAAAUGGGUUCAUCGACAUUGUAAUAUACCUAAACGAAAAUAGAACAGAAGGUUGUACUACAGAUGCAAUGGAUCAAUCAGCAAGAAAUAAUCAUUUAGAUGUUGUAAAGUUUCUUCAUUUUAAUAGAACUGAAGGUGCAACAAAGGAUGCUAUGGAUUUGGCAGCUCGAAAUGGGUAUUUAGAGAUGGUUCAAUUUUUACAUGAACAUAGAACUGAAGGAUGCUCAACAUAUGCUAUAGAUUAUGCAUCAAUGUAUGGUUUCAUUAAUGUAAUACAAUUCCUUCAUGAAAAUAGAACUGAGGGUGCGACAAGUGCGGCAAUUGUAAAUGCAUCGGUAAAGGGUCACAUUGAAAUUGUAAGGUACCUUUCAGAGCACCGUACAGAAGGUGCAACACGAGGUGCGAUGGAUGAAGCAGCUGAACAUGGAUAUAUUGAUGUUGUAAGGUAUCUUGAUCAACAUCGUAGUGAAGGUGCAACAACCAAUGCUAUGGAUAAUGCAUCAAUGAAUGGUCACCUGGAAAUUGUAAAGUAUUUACAUUUCAACAGAAGUGAAGGUUCAACAACCUAUGCUAUGGAUAUGGCAGCUCAAAAUGGUCAUAUUGAAAUUGUACAAUUUCUUUCAGACCACCAUACUGAAGGUGCAACUACAACUGCAAUGAAUAGAGCUGCUCAAAAUGGAUACUUUGAAAUUGUAAAGUACUUGCAUUUCAACAGAACAGAAGGUGCAUCAACCAAUGCUAUAGAUUUUGCAGCUGAAUUUGGGUAUUUAGAUAUUGUACAAUUUCUUUCAGAGUAUCGUAGUGAAGGUGCAACCAUCAAUGCUAUGGAUUAUGCAUCAAAGAAUGGACACAUUGACAUUGUAAAGUAUCUUCAAGAACAUCGAAGUGAAGGUGCAACGAGACGGGCAAUGGAUUACGCAUCGAUGAACGGACACUUGGAUAUCGUAAAGUACCUUCAUUUCAACAGAUCUGAAGGUGCCACUACCAGUGCCAUGAAUAAUGCAGCUAAACAAGGUCACAUUGAAAUUAUAAAGUUUCUUUCUGAACACCGUACAGAAGGUGCAACACCUAGAGCCAUAGAUUUGGCAUCAGAAUUUAAUCAUCUUGAAAUUGUCAAAUAUUUACAUGCCAAUAGAAGUGAAGGAUUCACAAAAGCAGCAAUUCAAGCAGCUUGUCAUAAUGGAUAUUUGGAUAUAGUUUCUUUUUUAAUCACCGUUGGUCGAGAGAAAUGUGAUGUCGAGUCACUACUAUCAACAGCAUCAUCAAAAGGUUACUUUGAUAUUGUCAAGUUGAUUACCUCACAAUUCGCUGCAACGAAAUUAAAUGAACAAGGUACUGAAUAA